GGAUACAGAUAGGCAAGUUUUGAGAUCGACAUUACUAAGAAGAAGAGAUUGAUACUACACUUUGCAUAAUCUAAGGGCCACCACUAAAUCCACAGCCCCUCUCAUAGUAUUAUCACGGUGAUGUUGGUCUGAUUCUAGCGAGAUCAGUACACAGAUUUGGAUAAGGAAUUUGAUCUUGAUUUUCACUUUGACCAUUGUAGUGGACUCUGCAGGCAAUGCAGCAUGUAUCUGGUAAGCAUAUAUUUUUCAACCUUUACUAGAUUAGUGAGUCAGUGGUCUGGCAAGAGAGCAACAGCAACAUGAUGACCCCGUCCCCCCUUACAGCUGACCCCUACCACCAUGGAAACGUCAGGAUGACCCUGGAGAAGUCUGACCUCUGGAAGUCCUUCCACAACCUAGCAACUGAGAUGAUAAUCACCAAACAUGGCCGGAGGAUGUUUCCUCACUGCAAAGUCAGUCUAUCUGGACUCCAACCCUAUGCCAACUAUGUCCUCAUGGUGGAUAUGGUUCCUGUGGACAACUUCAGAUACAGGUGGAAUAAGGGCCAGUGGGACAUGGCUGGGAAAGCCGAGCCCCAACUCCCGUGUCGGACGUACGUACAUCCGGACUCCCCCGCCCCGGGCUCCUACUGGAUGAAGCAAUCUGUGUCCUUCCUCAAGCUCAAACUCACCAACAAUACUCUGGACCAGCACGGCCAUAUCAUCCUGCACUCUAUGCAUCACUACAUCCCACGCUUCUCUGUGGUCCAGGCUGACAGUCUGUACAGUGUAUGCUGGGGACACUUCCAUUCCUUCUCCUUCCCUGAGACCUCCUUCACUGCAGUCACUGCCUACCAGAACACUAAGAUCGCUAAACUGAAGAUUGACCACAACCCCUUUGCUAAGGGAUUCAAAGGGGAACACACCCGUACUCAUAGCAAGAGGUGUCGAUCCAACAAGAGUCCUGGGAAUGCUACAAAGAAAGCCAAAGAAGACAACGAUCCAGGAAACCAAAGUCCUCCAGACCUCCAGACGCCAAAAUUAAACUGUGAGCUAGAAGAACAGAGGAUGACCCUAGGAGCCACAGAGAAUGUGGUUUUGGGUAAGGAGGAUCUCUUGUCCCCCUGGGCCUUGAAACAGGACCUGUCUCAGAGCCACAGCCUGCACACUGAAAUACUGGAGCUCCACGACCACAGUCAGGAAUACAGUACUGAGGAGCAGAUGGUGCCUGGCCCUGCAUCUAUGUCCUACCAACCAUGCAGAUCGGUUGAGAAUGGCAGACUUCUCUCUCCCUCCUCUAUAGCGGAGGAUGGUGAAUGCAGGCGCAGCUAUGAGUCUCACGUCCCAGAUGUAGCCACUGUCCCUGGACAGAAUAUUACCAGACCUGUCCUUGUCAGGGACAUGGGUCACCACCACCACACCUUGGCUCCAGCCAUGCCCCAGGACUACAGAGUGUCCCCGGUCCAUCUGCCCAUGUCCUCCAAAACCUACCCUGUGCAUUUGGGUUACAGUUACCCCCUCUAUGGCCACUACUCCACUGACCAGGGUAUGGGUCAGUGGGCUGAGUGUGGUACUGGACAGUACUCUGGACCAUACUUUCCUCACCACCGGCCCUUCCUCACCAGUCAAACGAUGACCACAGACCAGGGCACCCUCCCAACUCAGUUUUUAUCAUCAUCGCAACAUAGUGGCAGAGUGGAGCUGGAGCCAGAACUUCAGUUUGGACAAUCAAGCUGAUCUGACAAACAGAUCAGAAUAGCUGACUCAAACUCACAAAGCGAAGGAGCGGGCUUUCACAUUGUGAAGAAAGAUACUUGGGACAUUUCAGAAAAGUUUCAGAGAGGAAAAGUUGGUGAUAUUUGUGCAUGAGGUCCAAACAAAGAUAUCUUAAUGUGUGUUCUUUGAACUUGUUCUCUGCUAUGUGUGUCAAGAGGGGUGUGUGCCAUUUGCUGUUCCCAGUCUAGUCAGGCCUGCAGUCAAAUUCAGCUGAAAGAGCAGAAUGCUAUGUCAAUGCUAUAUACUGGACUUAAUGGGCUGAACCUGCUCUCCUACAGUGCUGGUGCUCCAUAUGAACUGCCUUUAAAUGUGUGUGGACGUUCAUGCUUGUAUGAUGCAUGUAAAGUAUGUGUGUUUGUGAUAAUUGAGAUCAGAAUAUAACCAAACCUACUGGGUACAGACGUCAGAUUAAUAUGUUUUGAUUUAGAUUUGGUUGAGUUGUCAACUAAAGUGAAUUCAAUGUGAAAUAAACAAAAUAUUUCACCAUGUCACUGGAUUUAGGUUAAAGAAAUGCGAAAUUCCCUUAUGUUGAUGACUUCCCCCCAAAUCCAAUCCGUUUCCACGUUGAUUCAGCAUCAUCACAUUGCAUUUUUGGUUUAAAUUAUGUGGGAACAAUGUUGAUUCAACUAGUUUUUGACCAGUGGGAAAUGAUGUCAUGAUAUUCCAAAAUAAAUACAAUUCAGAAUCAACUCAUAUUCCCAUAUAGAAACAUGAAUCUUUAUCAUACAUGUUGUGAAUAUUACAACUCUUUUCACACAAGCCAUAAGUGAUCCAAGGGAAGUCAAUGUUUCCCAGGAGACACUGCAGGAAGAAGAGAUACAGAGGGACGCAGAGGUCAGUCCUUCACUCCCACAGAAGGGAGUCAUUGUCAUAUGAUAGUUGGCAACGCAGAGUACAGACGGACAUAGAAGGGAACCAAGAUUAGUCUUUACCUCUGUAAAACCUAGACCUGACAAAAGAGAGCAAGGGGGAGAGAGAUGAUCAUAAGGCUGGCCGGGUUGUUAAGUCUGCCGCAAAUAUUUAACCAAGAGAGAGAGACCGUCUGCAACUAGCCGAUAGGGCUUCUGGGAGCACGUUCUACACAAGGCCAGGGUCAGUGGGCCUAACAUAAAGCUCCACGUCUCCUCGUCCUCCUACUGUAUAUACUGUGGAGAUGGUUGAAAUUACACCUGAGAGAAGAUGAGUAAGAUAGUGUUAGUUCAUUCAGGAAAUCUAAGUGGACAUGGAGUUUAUGGAAGUGGUCCAAAAAUGGAAUUGGAUCCCAACUCUCAAAAAGUGGUCAGACCUAUUUUAUAAUGUAAAGAGCUGCAAUGCAAUGAAUACAAUGU